UGGCAGCGCUCCACUGACUGCAAUCAAAGUAACUUGGUUCUAUUGCGACAGCACAUAUUGGCUAGACGAACAGGCUUAGAAUUCCUAUUCCGUAUCUUGAAAAUUUGGACCUGGCUCGUCUUCCUCACUGCGACCACUUUGGAGAGUUGUUGGAUACAACACAUACUAUAGACAUCGCAGACAUAAUGAUUAUGUAAACGUUGGCUGGCGCUCUCGGACUUUGCUUGGGUGGUGCGUUUGUCACCGUGCUCGUGUGUUCGAGUUCUUGAGUUCACUCCGUUCAAUUCGUCAUUGCACUACGUGCAUAUACACGAUGUCGCGAGUGCUAUUGUUUGUGGUUCUGUUGGCGCUUGUAGAAGUGAUCAGCCAUGUAAGCGGAGGCACUCCUCCGGAACGACUUCGUCUGAGUAUCAGCAUUCCUGCCACAGAUCGAUGCAGGGCCCUUGGUCAAGGUUAUGUGGUGAUAAACAGAAUGGACAUUUAUGGCCGCGUCUGCACCACAGGCUGGGACUUGCGUGAUGCUACUGUGGUGUGUCGAGCCAUGGGCUACACAGGGGCGUUGCCCUUGGAUACGAGUCCCGAACAUGGCUGCCCAGGCUCUGAGUACAGGCGUGUAACAACAACGCACCGCUACUGGCUCAGCAAUGUACAGUGCCAUGGCAACGAGAGCAGCUUAGAGCAGUGUGCUCACGAUGGCUGGGGAGUGCAUGAUUGCUUGCCGCAGCAGUUUGCAAUGGUGCGGUGUACUCACGAGAGUGGUGAUGUUAGCCAGGAUACCGAUGCUGCUACGGGUGCCAGUUCACAGACACCGACGGAGCAGUGUGACUCACAGCAUAUUUCUGCAGUACGCCUGUACCAGGGUCGCCGUAUGACGCGGCCGAACAUGGGAUACUUGCAGGUACGCGUGUGCAACGAAUGGAAGGCCGUGUGCUCGGAUGACUGGUCGGCUAAUCUUGCCGGUGAGGUGGCUUGCCGGCAACUAGGCUACCCCAGAGCAAGGUAUCUGUUCACGGCCAGGCCCGACGCACCCGAUCGGCGCAGACAGGCAUGGCUAAAGCGACCCAGGUGCAGCGGGAAUGAAUCAUUCCUGCAUCAAUGCUCCUUUGCAGGACGCCUUGCCAGGCAGCGUUGUUUAAGACGCCGCGUGGCUGGUGUGGUGUGCCAAGCAUCGGAAUGGACAACUCAAUCUAGCUACGAGGCCGAGAAGGUCGCCACAUCCGGCGGCACACAGGACAAGCAAGCCGAGGGCAGCUUGCGACUGCGCGGUGGCGCCUUUCCCAGUGAAGGCCGCGUGGAAGUGUACCACGACGGCAUGUGGGGCGUGGUGUGCGACCGCGGCUGGAGCCUGAGAGAGGCCAAUGUGGUGUGUCGGCAGCUGGGUUUUGGCUCGGCUACGGACGCUCCACACGCUGCAUCGCGUGUCUUUGGCCGUGGCUACUCUCCAAUUCAUCUGAGCGGUAUUCGGUGCACAGGGUAUGAAAGGUACUUAGUGCAGUGUAGACGUAACGGCUGGGGAGAGAGACCAUGCAAUCGGGAGAGAAUCGCCAGUGUGAGAUGCCAUGUUCCCAACACACAGGAUCUCCGCAAAAAUAUUCGCCUGGAGAUUCUCCCUGAUGAAGUCGGUGGUACACGCACUCCUGCCAUACGCCGCCGUGGCCUGGUGCAAGUGCGUGCUGGCGAUAACCAGUGGGGCAGGGUGUGCGCCGAUGACAACUGGGAUCUGGAGGCGGGUGCGGUGGCGUGUCGGCAACUGGGAUACGGCUAUGUUUACAGUGUCUUCACGGUCACAGGUUGCAAUUCCAGCAGCGCUGCCGGCUCGAAAGCAACAACAACUGUCCCACCCAGCACAGUGAAGGCCGAGGAAGGAGCAGCAGACGUCGCUAGUGUGGUGGAUUUAGGGUCGGAGCUGCUCUUGCCCGAGCAACUUCUUGGACCGGAACUUUCCAAGGCCACAGCCGCGCCACCUGUCAAGGAGAACGAAGAAAAUGCGGAUCGGGAGACAGCAUUUGUGUCGGAACUGCGCUGCACUGGCCAGGAGUAUGGCCUGAGUCAAUGUGCGUACAAGACAUACGAUGCCAAGGGCGCUGAGUGCCCCAAUUGCAAGUUUGCUGCAGUGGAAUGCGCUCAUGCACUGCCUGACCUAGUGCCUGACCUGCAUGAGUUGGAGCACUCACUGCAUGACAUCCAGUACCACACACUGGCCUCGCUGGAGUGUGCCCACGAGGAGGGAUGCCUGUCGAGCUCGGCGGAUGCCAUCUUCGAGGCCGGACUGCAGGGCACAUACCGGCGAGCGUUGCUCCGUUUCACCGUGAUGAUCCGUAACUACGGCAUGGCCGACUUCCACCCGGUGCGUUCACGACCCACGUGGAUAUGGCACGCUUGCCACAGCCACUACCACUCGUUUGAUAACUUUGCCACGUACGACCUACUGGAUGGUAGUGGUCAGCAUGUGGCUGAGGGACAUAAGGCUAGUUUCUGCUUGGAAGACACGGCGUGUGAUGCUGAGAUUGGCCGUAUCUACUAUAGCUGUGCGGCUCACCGCCAGGGCAUUAGUCUGCGAUGUGCUGACAUCUACGGGCGAGAUCUAGACUGUCAGUGGAUCGAUAUCACGGGUGUUCCCGACGGAACCUACACGCUCAGGGUUGGCACUAACCCGAACCGUCUUGCUGCAGAACUAGACUACACGAAUAAUGUGGCUGAAUGUCAGAUAACACUGACAAGUGGAAGCUAUGAAACACACUACACGGCUGGUGUUGUCAGUAACGUCACAUGCAGAGGAAGUCAUCUUCAUUGACGUACCAGUCUGUCACGCAGAUCGACCUCUCCCUUCUAAGCUGAUAAAUGUUGAUGCUGCAUCUGUGACCCUAUUUCACAGGGUGUUUCUGACGGCCAAAUAAAUUGUUACAAGCACAUAGACUACAUGUGCAUACACUGUCCAGCACUGUGUUUUUUUUAUGCAACAGUAUAUGGACUGUUGUAUACAUGUACUUGAGAGCCUGAAUGCAUAAUAAUCACCUAAUCGACUAUACAUUGCUUAUAGAAUACAGUUAUGUAGGCUAU